GUGUAUUUUGCUUAAAUUUAUUAGUUUUUGAUGCAUCACCAUGAACAUAAUGUUGUUAUUGAUAGUUAUAGUGAUACAAAUGGAACAUCUACUAAAGAUAACAUUUUCACUGAAAGAAAUGUCUCUUUUACCAGUGAUACAAACAAUAUCUUUAAUUUACAACAAUGUGGUCUAAAUCUGUUUUUUCCUCAGGAAGUAGUCGCAACUCCUGCAGUUGAAUCAGCAGCAACUGUUAGCUAUGAUGUGACAGUUAAAGGAUUAUGGGCUGGGCAAUUUGUAUUUCCUAAAGGAACCCAGCUCAUCAGCUCUGUCACUUCAGUUUCUCUCAAUUCUCCGUUGCCAUUAGAUAAGCCAGUCACUGUUCAGUUAAUGCAUUGUGCUAGCAUUACUGAUCAAUCUCAGAGCAAGUAUCUCAGUUUUGUUGUCUCACAUUCUUCUCAACCUCCAUUUAAGUUUGAUCUCUUACCAGGAGGGGAAUUCCUUGCUCGUUCCAAAUAUGGUACCAUACAGUUAAAGGAGUUCUCAUUGAUUGCUAUUGUAUUGGUGGUGUCAGCAACUGCAGCAGUUGCAGCUGCUAUUGGAUACCAAUUUUCACAAGUUCCUUUACUGAGAUGUCAAGGAUUGAUCUAUUACAAGAGAGGGUCUGACAUUAUGAAAAUGAAUUUUGCAGCUUUAAAUGACCUUCCUCACAAUAAUGCAAUCAUCAAGUUUAAAAAGGAGUCUUAUAAAAAGUUUGGAGAGGAAGAAUGGAAUUUUCCCUUUCUGAUGAGAAAGGAAAGCCAACUAGAGCUGGAUUUUUCUCAAGAUAAGCCAAUUGGAUGGACUGUACAACCACUUGCAGAACCUUCUAUAAUACACGAAAGAGAUGUACGUGCUUAUACUGAGUCCAACACUUCAAGUGACCUUCCUCCAUAUAUUUCUGUAUUAUUGCAAGCAGCAGAGGAAGCUGCUGAAUGGCUUCAAUAUAGAAUCACUGUCAAUGGAAUCAAUGUAGGAGAUAAAGACAGUAUUGCCAUUGUAAUACGUAAAUCAAAAAAUGAUUGCACACCAUUUUUACCUGCAUUGGAGCCAGCACCAGCUAGCACUGCUAGUGAAAAAUCAAAUGAAGCAUCUGAAGUAUUUCGAGAGAAAGUUUUUGCAUUAAGCUCCAUCAUUGGUUCUGGCACCAGCACUAUCUUUGAUAGAAUCAGUGAUGAGUUUCUUAGUGCAGGACUCAUCAGCCACUCAAUACUAGAUGACAUCACAACAGUUCUUAGUUACUCCAAUUAUCAAAGAGGCAGUAGAUUAAUUCGUGAGCUGCACAAAAGGCUGCAAACAAUAGAUGCACCUAAUGAUAACCUCAUUGCGGUGUGUGACAUACUCACCAGACAAGAAGAUGAACAAUUAGUUCAGAUUGGUGAAGAUAUGAAGAAAAAUGCACCUCAUGCUGUUUGAAGCUAAUUCUUAUAACAUUAAUAAGUUAACAAUUAAGACAUGUUUGUUUAAUUACAGUUGCUAAAGACACAUAGAAAACUAUGUUACUAAUAUUACAUGUACAAGAGCAUUGAAAUAUCCAAAUAGAUUCUGCAAAUAUUGCCAGCAAAA